AUGUCUUCAAUAGAUUCAUACAAGCGAACCGAAGUAAUCGGUCAGGGAAAGUUUGGUGUGGUUUACAAAGGGUUCAAUGUCAAAACGAAAAAGGUGGUGGCCAUCAAGGUGCUAGAGCUAGAUACUCAGUAUGAUGAGGUGGUCGAUGUCCAGCAGGAGAUUCAAUUUCUCGCUGAUUUGAAAAACGCCCCCAACGUGACACACUAUUAUGGCUCUUUCCUUAGUGAUACGAAGCUUUGGAUUAUCAUGGAUUACUGUGCUGGUGGGUCUGUGCGUACGUUGUUAAAGGCUGGCGUCUUUGAAGAAAAGUAUAUUGCAGUUAUCGUCCGAGAGACCCUACUAGCCCUACUGGCUGUGCAUAAGUUGGGUGUCAUUCACCGUGAUUUGAAAGCAGCCAACAUUCUUAUCACCAAUGAAGGAAAUGUUCAGGUGUGUGAUUUUGGUGUUGCAGCACAACUUUCUGCUAACUCCUUGAAACGUACUACCAUGGCAGGCACGCCCUUUUGGAUGGCCCCUGAUGUCAUUCGUGAAGGUGACCAAUAUAAUGUCAAGGCUGACAUUUGGUCUCUAGGUAUCACAGUUUUCGAAAUAGCCACUGGUAAUCCACCAUAUUCGGAUAAAUCCUCCAACUGGGCGAUGACUAUGAUCGCUAAGCUGACCCCUCCCCGUCUAGAGGGAAGAGAAUACCCUCAAGCAUUAAAGGAAUGCAUUGCUCUAUGUCUUGACGAGAAUCCUGAGGAAAGACCAUCUGCUGAUGAAUUGCUGAAGUGCAAACUUGUGAAGCAGUAUAAAAGCAUGCCUACAAGCAUAUUGAAAGAGCUAGUCUCUAGAUACCUUUUAUGGCGUGAUAAAAACUCAAGGCGAGAUUCGGUCUUUUACAAUAUGAAUCAUGAUGAAAACAACGAGGACACAUCCAACGAAAAUCAACUUCAGGUCAAGUGGGAUUUCGACUCUUUGAGUAGCAAGGAAUACAUUAUGGAUAAUGAUAUCCAUAUCAAAGAGGUUGAGCAGCAUUUUCCAUAUCUUCGAGACGAUGAUCACGAAGAAACGCACGACUACACACUCACAUCUCAGCCUACCCACCAAGCUUCCACACUUCAUCCCAAUUCAAAGUACAGCUCUAACAGCAAUAAUAACACAAUUGCCCAACAAGCAUAUUCAGGUAAUGGCAAACCUCCCUUGGGCAAAACGGCGGUCGAUCAAUCGUCGAAUCGUCAUCCACCGGCCUCACCUUCCUCGAAUGUUCCCAAGUCUUUGAGGUCUCUUUUCGAGGAUGAUGACGAAACUUCAAAUCGUGAUGAUAACAUAUUUGAGGACCCACGUCUUCCCGCUUUGGCAUCCGUAAAAGAUUCCUACCGAACGGAAUCCCCAACGAUCGAGAUUCCAGACAUGGAAAGUUUGGCCAUCAUGUCCUCCACUAAUAAGGAAGCACAGAAAAAGCCCUCACUCAGAAUUCAAAUGCCCGUUCCCAAUUCCUCAGUCAAUCUCAUGUCCGCGUUAACCAGCGAGGAUGCGGAGAAAAAGGGUAUACUCAACAAUGCUUCCACGGGCCACAUCAAUUCCGAGAACAUCAACCAAUUUGGUAUUAACCCUGCCCUUGUGGGUAACGUUACGUCAAUGACUCCAGUCGCUGAAAAAGAUACACAGCUUGGUGAGCCGUUAGAUGUGAGAGACUUGCAACAGAGGCAACAGGCUUCCGUUCAGAAGAAAAUUUCAGCAAUGCUGGGGCCAAAAACUGCCCCCAUAAGCUCUUCAAAUGCUGGCGGAAACUAUUUCGUUACAAGAAAUCAUCCCUCUCACUCGAUCAGUGGAGGUUCAAGCAUAUCUGCAAGCACUACUCCAGUUAGUGCGAAGCAGCUUCCAAGAUUCCCACAGAUUCCCACAAUCAACAAUGACUUAUUUAGUGAUGCCUUUCCUAAAGCGAAAUUGACCGGAGAAUUGGAGCUGAUUCUUAAACUUUUCAGCCAAGGCUUGGAUGCCCUUGAAAGCAGCUUACAAGAGAGACAAUCAAAUAGUUAA